CUGGAUCCAGCCCCCAUGGCAUGCACUAUUCAGUAAUAGUUUUGAGAUCAGUGCGAGUGGCUUCCCCUGCGCGCGCCAAACCGCGAAACUAUAACAACAGCCGUCAAUGUUUACACGAAAGUUACAUUUGUUACAAAAUGGCUUGAAAGAUGUUUUCUUUUUGGUCGAAUGAUGAAGACGAAAACAGCGAGAAUAGCAACGAAAGCGACGGAGAAAAAGACAAAAGUAAGCCGUUGUUUUGUGGUCUUUUAAAACCCGUGUUCUUGUUUAAAUCCUCUUUCUGCUUUAGCUGGAAAACCAGAGCGAUUUCGCUAUGUGGAUAAGAAAGACGACCGGAAGACCAAUUCCAGUCCAUUUUCGGACGGUGUUUUUCAAAACAAUCGUAGCGUAAAGGCGUUCAAAGAAAAACGAAAGCAAAUGGACGGUAAGAGUACUUUAACUUUCAAAAUGUGUUUUAAAAUGGGGUCUUUAACUUUUUAAUUACAAGCGUUUUCUAACGUGUUUAUUUUGUGAAAAUUUUUAAUCUGUGAAGAUAUGUUGACAGACGUUUGGAGUGUUAGGAAAGAUGUGCGUGUUAAUAAUGCCGUAAAAGCGUCAGACGUUGGCCAGAAAUCGUAUUAUUCAAGACACGGUGGCGUUUCAGGUAAAUUUGCAGAGAUAUAAAAUUAUUAAAGCGUGACUUUCAUUUUUUUUUAUCAUAGCAAUUAAAUGUCAAUUUUUAAAAAUAGGUUAGAGUAAAUCUCUUGAUAAUUUGUUGUUUAAUAGCACUCUGUGUCGUUAGCGAGAUUGGUAAAGCUUUAUAGUUUAAUAGAUUCGAUGCUGACUUACUGUAUUGUUUGAAGAUAAUUUAACCUUUUAAGUGGCAAUGCUUCUGAUGCAUUUUACUCUGUCUAAUGCCAGAUGAUUUUACUUGUCAAGGGGAGAGUGUUGCCACUCAAUGGGUUAACAUUAAAAUAUUGAUACAAUCAUGUAACAGCCUGGCCAACCUGGUGAUAAUUUAGGUCCAAACCAAGAUCCAUUGUCUGUUGGUAGUAGUGGUGCUAUCAGGGGGGAGGAAGAAACAAGGGGGGGGGGGCUUUUUCAGAGUGUAUUUUUAGAUUCAUAUAAUUUAUCCCUUCCGAAAAGUAAAGAAAUCACUUCGCCGAAAUCACUGAAAAUGAGGCUCUAUAGCCAAGGUGACUUACUAUCCAAUUCAAUGAAUUGAUUGAACACAUUAUUAAGACAUUUACAUUUUCCUUCAAGUGCCUCCGCAAUCCAGGAAAUACCAGUAUAAAAUACUUUCAUCUAUUAUAUGGUAUUAUGUUCCAUUUGUACAGGACAGCAUGCAGAAACAAACCAUGCUAAAGACACUUCAGGUGGUAGUAAAACAAUGACUAAGACGUGGAGUGUUCCCAGACAAGGAUAUUCAUACUCGGACAAUACAGCUCUAAAUCAAGUUGAUGUAUUGGGUGGUAAUAAUGCACCUGACAUACUAGGUGAUAAUGUAAAGAAUCCUGGUAGCCUGCAAGCAGGCUUUGGCUUACCUUCGGAGAUCCAUGAUCCAGAUGUACACAGACAGAAUAUUGUCAAUUCCCUGAAACAUGGUGUAGCUGGUUAGUAUGUAUAACUUGAGUUGAGUUUUCCAAAAUCUCACAUCUUGUAGCAAGUCAGCCAAGUUGUGUUCACACUGCUUGUCCCAAGUUGUCAACAAGUUUGGAACAAGCUGUUAACAACUUGUAACAACCUUGUUGAUAUUAUCAAACUUGUUGCAAGGUUGUUCCAACAAGUCCGACACAGUCAUGAUAUAACAAUAUUGUUACAACCUUGUGUGGUCAACCUUGUAACAUUCUUGUCAUAUCAUAUCUGUAUCAGACUUGUUAGAACAACCUUGUAACAAGUCUGAUAAUGCCAUCAUGCUCGUUCCAAACCUGUUACAAUAACUAGGAAGUAGGAACAAGCAGUUCAAACACAGCUUGUCGAGCGUUUUUAUAUGUGUACUUUGUUGCAUUACUCUAGCUAAUGCCAGACGACUUUAUGUUCAGAAGUUUUCAGAGUAUCUUAUUCUCUUCUCAAGGUCAUGUAACAAAGCGAGAACUGUCAGCGCGGACAAAAAGAGCACAAAAGUUCAACAAUGCUUACCAACGUUCAACUGGGAUGGGAAUGUACACGCCUCAUGUGAGCAAAACAUCAGAUCAGCAUAAGCACUGGAACAGUUGACACAUGCUUGUGGAGUAGUCAAUGGAGUAGUCAAUGGAAUGGCCAGAAAAUGCUAGAGGGAUAUCUGCUGCGGUUGCUGGAUAGAUGGCACAUCAGUGGUAGUAGUGGUAGUUAGACAUGGUAGAAAACUUGGUAGCAUAGCUAGUAAUAAUUAGCUGUAAAGUACAUUGUUAGUACAACAUUGGUAAAGUUGACUGUGACUGCUUAUAUAAGACAAAGGCUUGUGUCUGAUAACACCAGGGAGCUUACCCUUGAAGGGUAUCAACACAGUGAGAUUCAUCUUACAUCACAAGAGACAUGACUAAUUAAAAUCUUACGUUUCUAACGUCGUCCAGGCUGUGUUGACAACGACAAGAUACAUAUUUUCACAUCUCUUGAACAAUGAUAGCAUUUCAAUUUCCAUUCAAGCCAUGACAGGUAGUUUUCCUAAAACAUUAACAGAGUUAAUUAAAAUUGUUCUGCCCUUGUAAAGCCCUGCUGGUAACCACCUCAAACUGUAUUAAAUUCAUACAGUGAAUAUACAGGGCAAGAUUCCCAUUCAAUCAUAUUUCAUUCCUUUGUCAAAGAGUUUGUCUCGUUUAUAAGUAAACUUCCUGCUACAUAUCUCUAGAACAUACUUCCGCUGGGCCACCUUAAUACCCUUGUCUCAUUCCACAGUUUAUAAGCCAUGGCGUGGUUCGUGUCUAAACUACCCUAAUUAAAACAUUCGGAUCAAGACGUCGAAGUUUUUUAAUCGUUUUCGGGCAGUUCAGAGACAAACCACGGCAGCUUAUGUCAUGUUAUAAAGAAAACGUCUUAUAGAGUAUAGACAGCCCUAGAUUUCGUCGAUUUGUACUGUAUUCUCGAAUUUAAUAGCUGGCCUGUACUGUAGACAAUAAAACUUUGACGCAGUGUAAAGUCUGAAAUUCUGAAUUAAAUGAAGAUUUUACGGUACAACUUUAGAAUACCAGCCACAAAAAUUGAACUCAGUAUAUGCAUGGCUACUAAUGCUGAAGGUUAGAGAGGGUGUGGGUAAGGGAACCGACCAAUUAGCCUUUUCCCAAAAGAGAUCACAAUGCAUUCUGGGAUCGUUUGGAGGGACAAAAUAUAUGGUGACAGGCGUCAAAUAGGUGAAAAAGUAGAAGUAUCUACUAUCAAAUAUCAACUUUUUAGACGACCAAAAAUGAAAUAUCACCUUUUUACAUUAAACAUUUAAUUUAAAUGUGUACUGCCAUACCCAGGACGUUGGGAAAUGGCUAAUUGUGAUUUUUUCUUUCUUUAACACUGAAACACCGUCCAAGGCAGUGCACACGAGAAGACCGAACAAGGAUUAGCACACGUGUACCAUGGUUCAAGGCAAUGCUGAAAGCUAGAUAAGGGGUGGAUGUCGGUCAGGGAACGCCACGAAAUCACGUAGUCAGGUAGACAUGCGACUAGUCACGUAGCCACGAAAUCAGGUAGCCAUGCACGUAGUCAGGUAGCCAUAUGGACCAGGUAGCCCGUAGUCACGAAAUCAGGUAGCCAGUACCAGCCACGUGGUCACGUAGCCACCUAGUCAAGUAGCCAUGUAAUCAUAGUCUUCGGUUCAUAUGACGUCACAAAAGUGACGAGGGGUCAACUCUAAAACAAAACACAGUUAUCAGAGUCGUUUGUUUUAUGUAUUAGCCUUGUGUUUGGUGGCAAAUACAUGGAAUUUCGUAUCAUUUUCUCACUCCAGUACAGCAUAAGCAUCAAUACAUUUGAGGCUGACCUCCCAUCAGAUUCACUGCAUAAGGCCGUAGUGAAACCCAAGAAUAGCCGCGUAGCCAUCAGUAGCCACGGGUUAAAAAGUGUGUUUAUAUAAAGUGGCUGGGUACUCUGAAGUUAGUCCGAGUUCAUUACCUGAGUUCAUAUUCAUCUGUGUGGUAUGUAGCUCAGCAUGUAGGCCUUGACGAUUACGCGUGAUCUUUGGGAUUUCAGGAUUGCGUAUACGUCCAAAGGGCAAAGGCAAUUAUCAAUAUUAUGAAUCGGGAACAACACAUCUUGGAUAUAAAUGAAUGGAACGUCUUUAUCAUCACUACCCAAUAACUAUAAGAAUCUAUAAGAAAAAUCUGCGGAAAAACAUAAUUACUGGCUGCAAUAGAUGCAAGUAUCUUUUUCAAAAUACCCAAUAAGGCAAUAGCUCGCAAAAUUCUUAUCAAAUUUAUGGACCAAUUAUCAAUAAUUAUCACUCAUUGAACAAUGCCUUAACAAUAGCUACAAGAAACCUAAGAAAAGUUUGCGGAAACUAACAUUGUGUAAACCAAAAUGCAAGUUUCUUUUACAAAAUACUGAAUGGUUAAAUUUAAUUAUGGACGAACGGAUAUUAAAAAAGACACCCACUCAUGGUCAUUUUAAUUUUGCUACAAAUGGUUCUCAACUCCAAAUGUAUUGAGACCAUUUUGACACUUUACACAUUUGUGUAGGUGAGCGCGCGUGAUCAUGACGAUGUUAAAUGUUUGCACAUGCAGAAGGAAUUUUACACGGAUAAGUUUGAAUGAUUGUAAGAAAUUUUUGAGGGAAAUGACUCGUUGUUUAACAUUGAGUCAGUUCAAUUAAACAUUUCUUCCAAAUCCUUCAAAACUUAGAAUUUACCUAAACUUUGAUAUUGUAAACUAAGGCUUUUGUCACUUUGGGCGCUUUCCAUCAACACGGCCAGAGAUAUUGAUACAGAGAUAAAAAUUCGGGUCUGAGUGACCGGUCAGGCCAUUAAAUGGAAA